UUCCACACUAUAUACUUGGGUAUCCGGAGUCGACAGAGUGGAGAGAAUGACAGAUGGCGGUUUUAUUGGAAAAUGGUAUAUGAGUAUGCAGAUGUGAGUAUGCUGCAUUUGCUAGCCACGUUUCUGGAAAGUGCACCACAGCUGGUUCUGCAGCUCUGUAUUGUUGUACAGACUCGGACCCUACAGGCUCUCCAAGGUCUUACUGCUGCAGCAUCCCUUGUAUCCCUGGCUUGGGCUUUGGCUUCCUAUCAAAAAGCCCUGCGUGACUCCCGCGAUGACAAGAAACCCAUCAGUUACAUGGCUGUUAUAAUUCAGUUUUGCUGGCAUUUCUUCACAAUUGCAGCCAGGGUCAUUACUUUUGCUCUGUUUGCCUCAGUUUUCCAGCUAUACUUUGGGAUCUUCAUUGUCCUCCACUGGUGUAUCAUGACCUUUUGGAUCGUCCAUUGUGAGACAGAAUUCUGCAUCACCAAAUGGGAAGAGAUAGUGUUUGACAUGGUUGUUGGAAUAAUCUAUAUCUUUAGUUGGUUCAAUGUCAAGGAAGGAAGGACACGCUGCAGGCUUUUCAUUUAUUAUUUUGUGAUCCUUUUGGAAAACACCGCCUUGAGUGCUCUCUGGUAUCGGUACAAAGUCCCACCAAUUUCUGAUGCAUUCGCCAUACCAGCACUCUGUGUGGUGUUCAGCAGCUUUUUAACAGGCAUUGUUUUUAUGCUGAUGUACUAUGCCUUCUUUCAUCCCAAUGGACCAAGGUUUGGGCAGUCACCAAGCUGUGCUUGUGAGGACCCUGUAGCUGCCUUCACUCUGCCCCCAGAAGUUGCAACAAACACUCUAAGGUCUAUCUCUAACAAUCGGAGUGUCACAAGUGACCGGGACCAGAAGUUUGCAGAGAGGGAUGGGUGUGUGCCUGUCUUUCAAGUGAGGCCCACUGCACCUUCUACGCCUUCCUCCCGGCCACCAAGGAUUGAAGAAUCAGUCAUUAAAAUUGAUCUCUUCAGAAACAGGUACCCAGCAUGGGAAAGACACGUAUUGGACAGAAGCCUAAGAAAAGCUAUCUUAGCAUUUGAAUGUUCCCCUGCUCCUCCACGGCUACAGUAUAAAGAUGAUGCCCUUAUCCAGGAGCGCUUGGAAUAUGAAACCACAUUAUAAAAAAAAAAGUGAAGACUUGAAGAAGUUACUACGUUACAGUCCAAGUUAAGGGUUGACAGUAGGGCUGUGGCAAUAACUAAACUGCAUAGUUCAAUAGAGAAACAAGCAGUAGUGUUCUUAGUCUGGCUAUCAUCAUGAUUAUCAUUUGAUCCAUAGUAUGCAGUCUCUCUGCAGUACACUGAUAAAGCAGCCUCACCUGAGACUCUCAGAAAAACUAGUUACUUCAACAGGGAUAUAAACCCCGGGGCCAUGACUCCUUGCUGCUAUGAAACUCAACUGCACAGUACUUGCAAUCAAAACAACAGGAAGGUUCUGAUGAAAGCUUUCAACAUUGACCAGUAGUGCAUUUUAUUUUAGAAAUGAAUUAUAGAUAUUUGCGUAUUCAUUAACAAAUGAAAAAACCUUGGCAAAAUAGCUUAGUUGUACCAUAUAAUGUUACUGUUAUGAGAACUGAUUUCUGCAAAAAUGACAGGGGUAUAAUCCUCAACUCUCCAGCAGAUAAACUAUUCAGUUUAGAACAGUUUUGCAAAAUAGUUCUGAAUCAAAAAGUACAUCAUGUUUGCAAACCAGUCAAUGCAAAAUAAGCUUAAUUUCAAUGAAAUGGGGCAUAAGCAUUAGCACCAAUCAAACUGUUAGUUUUCUAUUGAAUUCAAGAUUCUUUUUAAUUAAAAUUUCAGUUGAAGUUUCUUUUGACAGAAAUCCUAUGCAGCUCACUUCUGCUUUUCAGGAAAAACAAUGAGCUCUAUCACUUAGUGAUGUAAUUAAAUGAUAAUCAUGAUUCAGUAUUCAAUUUGCAAAAAAAAUAUAAAAAGAAAAAGAAAGAACAACGUUUCAUAGGUUUCGUACUCUAGACCUUUGGAGGACCACAUUCAGAUUUUAAGAGGAAACAUCAGGAAAUGAACAUACUAAUUUAAAUCUGUUUCAGGACUCAGAAUGCAUGGCUCUGUGUGUGAAUGUAUGCAGGUAUGAUCAGAGACUGUGACAUGCCAUACCCUUCUAGUGCCAAACAUUGUAUGUCUACAAGAUUGAUAUUAUUGCCUGAGGGACAGAAAAGAGUGGCAUGAGCCCUUCAAGAGCAGGAAGCAGAAAAGAACAAUCAAGUUAUCCACGUGUACAGACAGCUCUGUUUUUACCCCAUCCAAGGUGAAAGUGAUGUCUUUUUAGAGGCUUUCAGCCACCUGUUAGUAAGUAUAUUCAGUAAAAUACAAUAAAACCAAGCUAUGUGGAAGACCUUCUUGAAUUUGUUCAAGACUUGUUUCCAUAUCUAUCUAAAAUUACAUUGAAUCACUUGUAAAAGAGUGUUUUUGCUGCAAGCUUUUGGGUUUUAAAUACCUCCCUAAGUCAAGUCAACUGUAACCUUCUUUAUGUUAAAAGUAUCCCCUGAUGGUGCUUUCAGAUGCAUUAAAGGUGCAAGUCAAAAUUUGAUAGUAUUUUUUUUAAAGCUGGUGCAGAGUGAAUAACUCAUGGAUUAUUUCAAUAUUUUUGUAAAAUAACAAUGUGGUAUACAAUGGUGUUAGUUACUUUUUAUAAACUUCAAAUCUUUUAAUACAUCACAUUCUCUUUAAUAACUUCGAUUUUAAGAAUUGAUCCAUGAAUUAUAUCAACUAACUUCUGCAGGUUGAUAUAAACAUGAUUUUCAUACUUUAUGAUUUAUUUUGCAGUGUAAUGUCAUAUGAAAGCCAACAUGGGUACUUUUCGACUAUUCUGAGUACGUGAAUCCUGUUUCAAGUGUAGGUGGUUUGUAAAGACACCAAAGGUUUUCCAUAAGAAACAACUCAAUAUAAAUAUUUCCAUCCAUUUUAGGAGAGUGAAACAGAACUGGAGAUUUGCUGUUUUAAGCGACAUUGUCAGGAGGGAGAAGAGUUGGUGAUUUGGUAUUUUAACCUUCAUGUCCGGUGUAGUCACUGCUGUAUAUGCUGCUGGAAAAGUUCAGUUGUUCCUUUUAUUAUAUUUGUAAUAUAUGAAAUAGCAGAGGUUACACGGCACAUGUUUCUUUGUGUGCAUUCAGUUAGCCAUUUUUAAUGUUGAUUUUUUUUUAUUGGUGAAAUGUUUGACGCCUGCUUACUUUGCUGGGGCAAGAUCCUUAAAAUAAACUGUUUGUGAAAGUGCAGGAAUUGACAGACCAGAAAAAUUGUAGCUAUCAUCCAAACAUGAAGAUUUUCUUAUGUACUUAUAAAUAAAGGCAGACAGUUACAUGCAAUUUUAAUUAAAAUAAAAAAUUGAACAUGGAAUUUUGUAUGAAGAGCUUGACCACUUUCCAUAGUGGUUCAGCUGACUAUUCAUUAAUCUUAUUUUGUCAGAAAGUACACGACUGCUGCAGUCAGUUAAAAAGAAUUUGGGAGUGAAGCUCCUAAUUUGUCUAAUCAAAUUCAGUAGUGUUUUCAUUCCAUAAGCAAAUACACGAUUUUUAUAAGAAAGAAGUAGACUUUAUUUCUUUAGAUAAAAUAAUCCCAUUUCUGUCUUAUCUGAAACAUCAGUUUUCUUGAAAAGUGUUCUAGCAGUACACUUCUGCUCAAACAAUUUAAAAUUAUACCACACGGGAGAAAUCAAUGGGCAGUGCUUUUCUAAGUCUUGGUUUGAGUGAUGACUUACAGGAUCAUUUUGUUUAAAAAGACCAUUUUCAAGGCCAAAAUUUGACUUGCAUUGCAAGGUUUUUGAGUUAAAGUGGUUUUGGGAAUAUAUGGGUGCUAUUUUAUGCUUUUUUCCACUUCCUACAACUAAAUUUCUCUAUUCUCCCAUAAUUUUUUCUACUUUAUAGAUAUCAUUAAAAAAACACAACAUUUUUUAAAACAAGUUAUUGUAGGUCCUAAUAUAAAUAAUUAUAUGCAUGCUAUUAGAAAAGGUAGUCCAUAUAUACAGCUUAUUUCUAUAGUUAACUCAAGUUGGAUAUAGGGAAAAAGAAGUAUUUUAUAGUAAGUCAAAUUUUGGUCCCAAAGUAAUUUAUCCAUCAUGUGCUUGCAUCCAAGUCCUGAAAAUGAAGGUGGCCAAAAACCUUUGAUUCACAAGUGUCAGACCCCAGAGAAAGAGCAGGGUCCUUAUGGGUGUAUCUACACAUCACUGUACACCAACGUUGCAACAGUGCUGUGCUUCACUACUUCCUUUUGGAAGUACUAAAGCCCGUACUGCACCGUGUGCACAGUGCAUGGUUAGUUUUCACCGCUACUUUGCCAUAGCAGCGCACUAAAACAGGGGAGUGCGCCACUACACAAUCACAUGCCAAUCACGUGUACACUCAUGUGCUAGCUACAGCAAUGUAGGGUGAUGUGUAGAUGCAGCCUAUGUGUUCUAGCCCCAGUAGCUGAGUGGUGAGGGCACUUGUCUAGCAAAGCUUAACAGCAAAGGUUUAAGGCUCCCCCUCACUUAAUGACCGUGCUAACUUCCCAGCACAGUGUUCUAACCCCCACACACAGGUCAGGUAUUCUCAAACCCUCCUCUUAAGUUUGGGCAGCCAAGACAGGAAGGUAUGUGGAGCUAAGAGGAAGAGAAAAGGCUUGAUUGCAUAUGGCUUAAUAAAAUGGUGAUCCCUCUUGAUGGGAUAUGGCCAGAGGUUAUAACUUGGACCCUUGCUUUCAGCAUGGCAGAAACUCUCCUCCAUCCAUUUUAUCCACUGAAUAGUGCGUAGAACAGAGGGGGGCAAAAUGCAGCCC